CAGAGCUCUAGAGAAUAAGAGAAGCUUGCUGCUGGCGAGAGGGGGCAUGACCAGGGUUCCUGGAGUUGGAAGAACUUCAGCGUCACCAUCUUUGGAGAACAAGGAAGAACAUGAACGAGAUGUGGCCCUUCUUAGUCGUGAGGACCGUGACAGAGGACACGCAGAGGAGCCACUGGCACACCCGGAGUCCUCCGACCUUGACCCAAGCAUGCAGGCCCCACCCUGCAGCCUCCCAGCUGGGCUCAGCCUGGAUGACUUCAUCCCUGGCCACCUCCGAGCCCACGUAGGGUCAUCCUCCCGGGGGACACGGGUGCCGGUGAUCCGGAAUGGUGGCUCCAACACCCUUAAUUUCCAGUUCCAUGACCCCGCGCCCAGGACCGUGUGCAAUGGGUACUUCCCAACAAGGAGGGAUGCUUCCCAGCACCCAGACCCUGCUUGGUAUCAGACCUGGCCAGGCCCUGGGAGCCGGCCGUCAGGGACCCAGAAGACUCCAGCCUCCCAGCAUCCCCAGAACUGGUCAGCCACGUGGACCAAGGACAGCAAACGCCGGGACAAGCGCUGGGUCAAGUACGAGGGAAUCGGGCCCGUGGAUGAGAGCGGCAUGCCUAUUGCCCCCCGAUCUAGUGUUGACAGCCCCAGGGACUGGUACCGGAGAAUGUUCCAGCAGAUUCACCGGAAAAUGCCAGACCUGCAGCUGGACUGGCCCUUUGAGGAAGCACCCAAAGUGGCUUCCUCCUGUGCCACCUCUGCAGACUCAAGGCAUCCAGGGCCCCAGCAAAGACCUGCCUCCAGGCCAGGCCUGGCCUCCUCUCUGAGUGGAAGAAGCUGGGGUCUUUCUGAAGAGUUUCCUAGAAGCACCUUCAACUGUAAUCAUGGAACCUCCUCUUCGCGGCACCAGGCCCCAAAUCGGGUGCCCAGAUGCCGAGAGAAAGCGGACAAUGUCUGGACAGAAGAAUCUUGGAACCAGUUUCUGCAAGAACUAGAGACAGGGCAGAAGCCCAAGAAACCAUUGGUGGAUGACCCUGUUGAGAAGCCGUCCCAGCCCAUUGAGGUCCUGCUGGAGAGAGAGCUGGCCAAGCUGAGUGCGGAGCUGGACAAGGACCUGCGGGCCAUUGAGACCCGGCAGCCAUCCCCCCAGGGAUCCCAGGCGCCCCGACGGUCCCGGGAGCUGCGGCUCCCCGCGCGCCCGGCCUCCGCCUGGAGCCCCAGCUCCCCGAAUGCACCUUACCGGGGUUCCUCGCGGCCCCUGAGCCCACACAGAAUGGCGGAUGGAGGAAGCCCCUUCUUAGGUCGUAGGGACUUUGUCUACCCUUCCUCAACCCGAGACCCUAGUGCCUCUGAACGAGGGAUCAGCCCUGCCAGGAAGGAAGAGAAGAAGAGGAAGGCUGCCAGGCUCAAGUUUGACUUCCAGGCACAGUCCCCGAAGGAGCUGACUCUGAAGAAGGGUGACAUUGUCUAUAUCCACAAGGAGGUGGACAAGAACUGGCUGGAGGGGGAACACCAUGGCAGGCUGGGCAUCUUCCCUGCUAAUUACGUGGAGAUGCUGCCUGCAGAUGAGAUCCCCAAGCCCCUCAAGCCCCCAACCUACCAAGUGCUGGAGUAUGGAGAAGCCAUCGCUCAGUAUAAUUUCAAGGGGGAUCUGGACGUGGAGCUGUCCUUCCGGAAGGGGGAGCGCAUCUGCUUGGUCCGCAAGGUGAACGAGAACUGGUACGAGGGGCGCAUCUCAGGCACAGGGCGCCAAGGCAUCUUCCCUGCCAGCUACGUGCAGGUGUGCCGCGAGCCCCGGCUCCGGGUCUGUGACGAUGGCCCCCAGCUCCCUGCGUCUCCCCGCCUGACCGCUGCCCAUCUGGCCGCCCGUCACCCCAGCUCCCCGUUAACACCAUGCAGCCCAGCGGACCCCACCGAUUGGGGGGGCCGGACCUCCCCUCGCCGCACUGGCUUCUCCUUCCCCACCCAGGAGCCCAGACCCCAGACCCAGAGUCCCGGCACCCCUGGGUCAGCUGUGUCCCAUCCUGGAGGCUCCAGCCGUUCCCUGGACUUGGGGACCUCUUCCCCCAGCACCACUCAGAUACACUGGACCCCGUAUCGGGCGAUGUACCAGUACAGACCCCAGAAUGAGGAUGAGCUGGAGCUGCGAGAGGGGGAUCGGGUGGAUGUCAUGCAGCAGUGUGACGAUGGCUGGUUUGUGGGUGUCUCCCGGAGGACCCAGAAGUUUGGGACGUUCCCUGGAAAUUAUGUAGCCCCGGUGUGAAUGGCCUUAGCGGCAACUCAGAGCCCAGCCAGGAUGCGGUGGGGAGCAGUCGCACUUCACAGAGGGAGAGAGGACCCCCCUCCUACACGCUCCUCCCCAGGACCUGGCUGCUGGCAUCCGCAGACAACCCAGCAGCCUUUCCCUUGGAGCCACCUCGAAGCCCCCUGGACGGAUUCCCACCCACAGCUCACAAGCAUUCCUCUCACAGCCCCUUUAUUCCCUCCCUUUACUCUUGCUCCCCAAAUAUAGAGGUCUGCUUUGAAGUGGAGACUGUUUCCAGGCCUUAUUGAGACCAGACCGCCCCCCAACUCUCUCAUCCCCGCCCUGCUGUGGCGUUUCCUCUAACAGGGACUGGCUCCCAGCUUCACCCCCAUGGGGUUCCUCUAACAAGGACCAGCUUCCUAACCUAAUCGAGACCAAAGGCCGCUGGCAGGAGGGGAUUCCUCCCCUUUCUCUCCAGCUUGCCUGCUGCCCCCUUUGCCUUCCUGCUCCCAGCCGGGCUUGGGAGUGAGAUGGGAGCUGGAUGCAGCACCUCCUUAGCAUUCAAGGCCUGGCAAGCGGUCUUGCCGCAAGGCCCCCUCUUCCCAAAGGCUGCCAAGCCCUGGGCCUGGGCUGUGCGUAUGUCCUGCUGCUGUAGUGCCCAGGAAGGGUGGGCCUCAAGAGGCCUGGCCUAUCCCAGAUGUUUUCCAGGGAGACCAAUGUGGGCUGCCCUCCUGCCUCCUCAGCUCCCCCCCGACCCCCCAAGUCCCCUCUGGAAGAGAAUGUAAAAUAAAUCUGGAUACCAGG